AUUCAGGGAAGUUGAGGCGGUUACCGCGCAACACUCAGAGCUGCUGCGAGAUCGGCCUGCCGCGUGGUCUCGCCGGUUAGCCCUGUUUUCUUACUCCGGACGCAUCGCCACCUCAUUUGAGCGCCUCACGUUUUGGCAGUCAUGCAGGAAGCCCAUUCGCCGACGAGAACCGGGGUCAAGGUCGCUUGGUCCGAUAACACGCGCUCUCAGGGACCGUUCAACUUAGUGGCAAGCUCGCUGGCUGGCCCGAAGAUACGCAAUGCGUCUCAUCGAAAGCUGUCUGUUUCCCUCGACAGCGUUCGGGCACGCGGAGCACCGGUUGAGUUUCCUGGCUCAUUCCCUCCAACGCCACAUGAUCCGCCCCAUUCUGCUCGUGAUGCAUCUGUCGCAGCCCAGCCGGAAACCUCUUGGUCGGAUCGUCACCGUUAUCCGUCUCUUCUUGCCGAAAUGUUUACUGCAGGCAGCGAUACGCUUGAAUCCAGUGCUGCUCCGGCGUCACACGCGCUCGAGAGCUCGCACGAAGACUUUCUGAAUGGAUCGUUGGGAUCGCGCAGGAUGACAUCUCGCCAUGGAGCAUCUCAAGAUCAGCAAGGUAACACUCUGAGCAUCGGCCAAGCCUCCGACCCGCGACUGAUUACACCCACAAAGGUGGCCAAGAGUCCGAGUGUGCCGAGGGGGAGACAAGCGCAACUGAUGCCGAAGGAUGAGAUAAUGCCCACCUCGCGCCAUUUGCUAGCCGAGACUGACGCCCCCUCGACCGGUACAUCAGAACUGGCGCGAUUCCUAAUGUCCACGGGCCCUCAGGAUCACGGUCGGCUCGCGCGACAUGGCGCAGGAGCUGACGAUGGAUUACCGCCCCUGGCAUCCCCCGCGGGACAUUGGAAGUCGGGUCGUCUGAUGUCAAAGCUUUCAUCGCGCUUGAAUGUGGAAGGCAAGUUCAAAUCGAACAAAGCACUGGCAAGCAGUGCGGGAGGGAGUCCCAUCGACGAUGCGUCGAACUCCUCGGCAGCUUCCACGGAGGCCCAGAAUGCCAUUUCUCGCGAGUUUGACGCCCAGCUCAACUCUGCUAAUCUCAUCAAAAAGGUCCUGCCGAAUGGCACCAGCUUCUUUACCACGGAAGGCCAUCGUGCUCCCGCAUCCAAAGCAAACUUGGACUCUCGGGCAUCCGGUCGCAGCAUCUUGCGGUCUGAUCCCCCCACACCAAGCGUUCGAACCGGGUCAAAGCGCGACUCUUACCUUCAGCGGAAACCACCUCCCAGCAUGAUCCCUCGAGUCACGGUCCAACACGAAGAAGGCUCGUCGGCGUCACUCCAAUCACUCCAUGGCAGAAUCAGCAAGGGCCAGUCGCCUACAGAAGGCCGUUCUGCACCGCUCGAGAGGCUGCGCAGCAUUCAUUCGGUGACGAAACGCAGUUUAUCUCUCGCUGGAGCAAGUGCGCGCGCCAGCGGUCUCCUUGGCCUACAUGUCGACGAAUCGGCCGAGGGCGGUGAGGACGCAAUCGAGCAGCUUACAGAGAAGGUCACAACUCCACGCCAUGCGAUGCUCUCCUCUUUGUCUCCGUCUCGCAGCGAUGAUGUUAACAUUAUCAGACAAAGUGCUCGCAAUCCCCCCAAACAGCUCCGGAAUCAGGCUUCGCACUCAACAAGCAUCCUUGCAGAUAGUUCCACGAGCGACUCAAACAUUGCAACUUCGUCGACUCGUGAUACACUGCAGAAGCACGUGCCUCGAAGACGCAUGAGUUUACCCAAACGUUUGUCGGGGCCAGAGAGCGCGCUCCCAUACCUACCAAAAUAUUUCUCUGCUAGCGGGCAAGGUUUCUUCGAGCGACGCAAGGGGAGAUCAGAUCGUCAGAGGUACGAUUCGCACGAGGAUGUGGGCCCACUACUCUCUCAGGAUGUCGCGCCUCUUGCCCGCCAUAGAGUGUCCAACGACACUGCCUUGAAGCCUGGUGCCAGAGAUUCUUCGACGGGAUCUUUGCCAACUGGCUCGCUGGGCAUCGUCCAAGACGCGCGCUGGAGAACGGGGAGUCUUCCGCCAAGUUCUGCUUCGUUCCGCUCUUUACAAGUAGGCAGGUCCUCUACUGGGGCACCUAUUAUUGCUGAUGCAAAGCACGGAGCAGGUACAUCCAACCAACGCUCCCGUUACCGCAGAUCUAUCAUCUCCUUGCCAACACGAGACCGUGCGCAGAGCUUCGCCGAGGAAAGCACUUUGCCGUACAUGGACCCCUUACGAAGCCAAGACUCAAUCCGCGAAGACUCUCGUGUGCGCAUUGCCAAGGACGCGACAGCAGCAGUGCAAGAGUUCUCCAGACUCAAGAGCGUUCAACCCCUGCGGCAGCCCUUGACACAGUCGCAUGCCGUCCUUUCGGGCGCUAGCAGGAAACUUCAGCUUGGUGCUGCUGCUGCAACGGCGCCUCAUAGUGACCCGGCGCUGCACAUCUCCAAUUCAACGCAGAUACUUACGCCGCAGAAUCAACUCUCUGCCGAAACGUUGAGCGAGAGUCUUGCCACCUCUACACCCAUGGCUGCAGUUUCCGAACCUGCCACAUCAAACGUCACCGGCAAUCUCUCAACCCGCGCCGACCCCGCUCACAGAAGUGAGGCUGAUGGCGGCAGUCAGACGAUCGUCGGUGACCUGCAGACCAGCAAGGUGUCAAAUCUUCAAAAGCAUCACUCCGAGUCUCGUCUGCGACCGCGCAGUGGACCGCCAUCGCCCCCGUCCGACAGUGUUGCCGACACACUGCGACAAUUGGAGGGCUGCGAAGAAGAGAUGCAACCCCUUCAGCCCUCAGCUUCUGGACCAUCUGGCCCUUACGGAUCCGCGGCGCUGCGCGGAGACGGUGCGAAGAAGCAGUCUGCGACUGCGGAUUUAGCUUUCAAGUCUCGGACCUCAAUGAUCGUAGAUGGACUGCCUCUCCUGAAUGUGGACGAUAUGGCCACUUCGCGCUUCUCGUGCACGUCAUCAGAAGAUGCGGUUAGCCUGCACGAAGAGAUGGACAGCAGCGAUCCAGCUGCUGUCGAAUACACGACAGGGAAAAAGAUGUCGCUGUACCGCGAAAGUGUGAAGAACUCUGACAGUCGAAAGUGCGCCGAGAUUCUGGAACAGCCUGUACCCGCUUCGCCUGACUCUUGGGUCAUCGAGAACGAGAUCCCUUCCAGACCUGUGGUCGAUUCUACGGGACGUGCCCCGUCCGCACCUCAAGAUUCGCAAGGCAGCCAUGCGCACCCAGAUCCUGUCGAGGUGCUCAACGACGGUCGGCAAAGUAAGUCGCGGCCCACAUCGCCCGCGGACACCGAUAUGAGCUGCACGGUGCGGCCUGAUCGAAACGACACGAGCCGCGACUUCUCGCGCGUACUGGGAUCUUGUGUUGGCGCCGCCAGCAGAGCAAGUGACUCAGGCUCGCUGGAAAUGUCGGAUGGGGUCGAUGGCAGCCCCACAGGACAAGCGCGUGACCACAUUGCAGGCUCUCGCCUCAGCUACUCAGGAUUGUCUUCCCGCAGCAAUGCGUCUUCUUUGUACACGGCGUUGCAGCAAGCGCGCAACGAUGCUCUCCUUGCCGAGAGCACAGCAAGGGCAUCUUCGGUCCGUUCCCGGCAGCUUGCCAAGCGCUGCGUAACCGUGCUCGAGCGCGUUGCCGAGGUAUGCGCGCUCUCGUCCGAUGUCAAGCACGCAGCUGAUCCAAAUCGAACGAGAGCAGCAUGGGGAGUAGAGACAUAUGACCAGGCACAGAGGCUGGUGAAAGACUUGCUUUCGUUCAUCGAGGAGAUUCCGACCAAUCAUCGCGAAGUGGCAGCUCGGCGCGGAGUCGACGGCACCGCUCUUGUGAUGCACGCUCAACGCGUCAGCACCAGUCAAGCGACGCUGAUUCGCUCCAAAGGUCCCAUGCGAGACACUGGCGAUUCUGCUCAGCAACGCCAAAGAUCAACAUCAGCCUCCUCAUCGGGAUUGUCGAUAAAGACUGCAAACGAAGUUCUUCCACCAUGUCCCACAUUACCUCACAGCUCCCCAGAGUCGCCGAGCACACCAUUCAAAUCUUCAGUCUCUGCCACUUCCUCGCCGAUGUCCUCAACGUUCGCGAUGCGCCCCUUGUCCCUCUCCAGAACAUCUCGCAGCGAUCUCUUCUCGCCUACUCGCAAGGCUAAAGAGAGUUCAGGAAGUGCCAGCACGCGCAGCACCAGCAGCACCACUUCUCGCGCCGGCCAAAUACCUUCGGGCCUGCCCGGUACGCUCAACGCUUCUCGUUACGUCAUGGCACCCGAAGAAGCCGCCUCUUGGUUGCACAAUCUCUCACCGAUGCCAAGCCCCGACUGACAAGUGUCGUGCGCGACAACGGCGAAGACCAUCUCGCACCACACUCGCCCGACUUCUGCGCAAUUCAGAGUGGCUCCAACUCGCUUAUUCUUGGCGUUUUCCCAACCGACAUCUCGUCAGCAUGUUCCUCU